CCGUGUACUAGCCGGGCGUUCUCGAGUGAGGAUAAAAUCCCAAACCAGAGGCUCUGCUUCAAUAGAGAAGGGUGGUUGCGGAAAAACCACUAUUAAACCCUAAUAAUUUAAUUCUCAAGAAACCCUCAUUUCCUCUGGUUAAAUUCUGCGUUUUUCUACUAUUGGAAAUGGGCCUGUGUAAAAUGGCAAGCUCUCUAAUGGUGAGAGAAUUGAACCACUUCAUAAUAAACCCACGACCUUCCUUUAUUAUUACCAGAAAUGGCCAUUUCAGUGCAGUUUUCAGGCCUUCCAUGGCUCUGGGAUUGGUCAAAUAUAGAAGCGUUCAUGGUGGUCGUGUAGUUUGUUAUGCAUCAGAUUCUGGAAAGGGAGAGAAGGUUCCAGCAAGACUUUCACAGAUGCGGCAGCUUUUACAGGAGGCAGAGGAAAGGGCAGUCACUUCUGAGGAGCCAAUCCCUAGAAUAACCCUAGAUCAUGUAACUAUUAAUUUUGCUAGAAGUGGAGGUCCUGGAGGUCAAAAUGUGAAUAAAGUAAAUACUAAGGUUGACAUGCGAUUCAAUGUGAAAGGCGCAUACUGGCUCAGUGACCGUGUUAGAGAGAGAAUCUUGCAAAUGGAAAAAAAUCGCAUCAACAAAGAUGGAGAACUUGUCAUCUCAUCAACAAAGACAAGAACCCAGAAGGGUAACAUUGAAGAUGCUCUGGAAAAACUACAGGCAAUCAUUGAUGCUGCGUCAUAUGUACCCCCUCCGCCUUCUGAGGAGCAGAAGAAAAGGAUAGCAAAAUUGGCUGCUAUAGGGGAAAAGAAGAGGAUUGAGAGCAAGAAGGCUCUUUCCCAAAAGAAGGACUUCAGAAGGAGCAGAGGUAGUUGGGACUAAUGCAUGCUGGUUUUUUUUUUGGGUAAUUCACUGGAGAAGACAGGCCCUACCCAUUUUUUCAAUAGACUAGGGAGAUGCAUUUUGAAGGUGUUAAUUGCGGGUGUCAGUGGUAGGAAUGGAUACCACGAUGUGGUAACCGGGUGUGGGGAUGUUACCACCACGACCCCUCCUACGAUCUCCGCGGUCUGGGAUUCAUUAUAGCGCUUUAAAUUUGCCUUCUAUAUUCCCAACCUUUUUGUUGUUUUUUGCCAAUGUUGUCUUCACUGUCCAGUCAAUAUUCUUAACCAGUUGUGUUUGAACAUAUUAGGCUGAUUCUAGCCCAUAUUUAGCUGUCUAAUAUGCCGUAGAUGAAAAGUGCUUUUUAUCUUCUUUAACAAGCAUUUUUGUGUUCUGCUGAUAACUCAAGAAUCCCUGUGGGACCUGUAUCUCAUAUUUCCAUAUAUUCGAAUGCUGUAUCGAUCA